AUGGAGUUGCACUUCACUCGGCCUAACCUGCUGAACACCGUCCUUCGGGACGCUCAAGGCACACCCGUCUACAGAAUCGAGACAGAUGGCACCGCACUACAACUAUCUGAACGAACGACUACGAUCUCACGGUUUCUCAACGUACCCGCACCUGGGUCAGCUGAGCGCGUUCUCGCGGACAACAUGUCUGAUACGGACAUCCUCUUGAACGCGCUUGAGGAGCAACCCGUCGGACAGAUCGUGUGGCGACGGGUGAAGCAAUCGAUCCUCAAGUUCGAUGGGAACGAGGUCAAAGUGAACGACUUCAUGCCAUUGUCGAAGACCUACGCGAAACGACGCACCUUUACUGCACAAGAUGGUCAAGAAUACACAUGGGUGUUCACAGAUGACCGCUCCAUCCUGGAGAAAGGUCCGCCCAACACGACGCCACGGCUGUCAGUUGUCGAGUACAAUAGACGUAAACGCGGCCUCUUGGGCAAAGAGUCUAACUUUCCGUGGCUCAGGAUCGCGAAGGAAUGUCUACCUAUUCUCGACGAGAUCGUUUUGACAUUCGUAUGGGUGGAGAGGCGCCGAGGCGAGAAGGAAUACAUGGACUUUGACGGGAGCGUGAACGGUAUGGCGAUGAGCGUUGACAACUAUUAG